AUGGGUCGCCUGUCCGAGUUGCUGCAGGUGCAAUUCGCAGGGAGACGGCUGCGCACCUCUUUCGAUGAGUAUGCGGACGCCUACAAGAAGUCGCAGAACGCGGGGGACGACGCCAACGACGAGGCGGAGGGAGGCAUCGACUCGGCGGUGCAGGACUCCUCAGAGGCGACUGAGAAGGCCUCCAAGAAGGUGAGCAAGGCCCAGUCCGGCGAAGACGAAGCCAUGAAGGUGAAUGACGUUGGCCAAUCUGACAAGGCCAAGUGCAAAGACGGCUGCCGCCUGUCGAGCGGAGCAGGAACGCCUUUGGGCCCUCCGCCGCCGGAGGAACGCUUCGGCGGUGCCACGGGCAACGGUUCGGAGGGCGUGGCCUUCCCAGUCGGCGGCGGCGCCAAUGGCCAGAGUGGCUACGGAGCCGGCGGCGGCGGUGCCGGCGGCGGUGGCGGUUCCGGCGGCGGCGGCGGCGGCUACGGUGGUGCGGGCGGUGGUGGUGGUGGCGGCGGCUACGGUGGUGCGGGCGGUGGCGGUGGCGGCGGGGGUGGUGGUGGGGAAGGUGACGCGCAACUGCCGCAGGAAUGGCUAGAUGCCGACGCUGCCAAAGAGGCAGACGAGAGGGCCGUGGAGCUGGUCGCCUUGGAGGCGAAGCGCACGGGCCGCAGCUUCGAGGACAUUGCGAACAUGGACACAAGUGAUCCGGCUGACGACCCGUACGCUUCCCUGCCGCGACCACCAUACAUCACAGAUGCGGUCUUCUUGGGCAAGGACAAGAAGACGGUUGGCUGGCCACCCGCGGAUGCGACGGACAAAUGGGGAGGACCACCAAUUCAACUGCCGGUGAACAUUGCCGAUAGCACAGUGAUGAUGUCCGGGACCAAUUGGACGAGCCUGCUGGCAAUCCUGGCGCCCUGCCCCAGGCCUGCGCUGCGGGACAAGGCGCGCUUCUUCGCCUUCGUGAAAACUGGUUCUUCAUUUGACGAAGACGACCUGGACGAUGGCCCCGACCCUAUCUACGAAGAGGAGCCGCCGCCCCCCGGGGCUCGGGACAAGUUCGGGGGCCCAGCCAUGCAGCAGCCCGACGACGCCGAAGGCCCCUCAGCCGAAGGCAGCGUGGAUAGGAGCCUUGCGCUGCUGGCAUCCAUGUGCCCCGUGAGGAGGAAGCGCGCGAAAGGCUUCCUUUGAGCCGGCGAAGCAACCCGAUGGCCAAAACGUGGGCCCAAGAAGUGAGAGCCGGCGCGUCGCUUGAUAGGAA